UUACUAUCAUUGCUCGCCGCGCUGCUUCUAUGCAGCGACGCGGCCGUCAGCUCCACAGUCUGCCCUCCCAACAAGGUCGAAGACCUCACAACAACAUUGGGAUUAGUAGCUAUGAACUAUCCUAAUUUCCCGGUUGUGGGACUUUUGGCGGCAGUCAAGCGUAUCGAUGUAAAAAUCCCAACCAGCGAGUACCCGGCGUCGCCAUGGAGCUACACCGCGGCCUUCGGCGGAUUCGGCUUCCGCAACUGGCCCAACAGUAUUGUAAUGCUGGACGACGACAAGGGUCGCAUCGGCUCCUGCACCAAGAGCUUUACAGCCACCAUGAUGGCAAUGCUGAUUGAGAAGAACACCACGUAUGGCAGCCCGGCGAAGCGGCUGAUGUGGAGUACCAAACUCAAGGAGGUCUUCCCCCUGGACAAGUGGGUCAUCACCACGGCUUAUCGGGAUGCCACGCUACUCAACGUAUUCAACAUGCAAGGAGGGUUUCCGCGCGAAAUUGAUGACAGCAAGAUUACGGUGGCCAACAGCGACCCACGCGGUCAGCGGGCGCAGUAUGCAAAGGAGCUGCUCAAGAGCACACCAGCCAAUGCUGUGGGUAAUGGAACUGCCCUUUACUCCAAUGCCGGCUACAUCCUGAUGGGGCACGUCAUAGAGAUUGUGACGAACUCGACGUGGGAAACCAAGCUCAAAAACAUGCUACUGAUACCCAUGGGUUUGACCUCCGCCGCUCUGGGCCCGAUCGGCGUCAACAACCAGAACCAGGGCGCGUACGGUCACAUGGCAAAGUACAAGAACAAUCUUGACUACAGCGCCGUUUUCGGGAACACCAUUGCUGGGAAGGCGCCUGCGGGAGACUUGCACAUGACCGCAAAGGACCACGCGUACUGGGUGGCGUGGCACACGCGCGGCCGCAUGCCCGGUGGCGCCCCCGCCAGCUGCCCCUGCUUUAGCAUCGGCUGCAUCUACCCCUGCCUCAGCUCGAACAGUUUUGCGGUGCUCCAUGCCGUCGGCGGCAUGGCAUCCUAUGGAGCCGGCUUUUACCGCGGCGGCAACUCCUGGGCCGGGCCGUCGGCCUCACUGCACAAUGGCGCGAUCGGAGGCUGGUACUCCGAGCAGUGGGUGAUGCCUGACAAGGGCCUGUCCGUCAGCGUCAUGACCAACCACUGGAGGCGCAACCAAACCGACAACAGCUCGAUCUUCCCGUUCGAUGUGGUUGCUGACGCUGUGUCCACGCUCACCAAGAAGUACGAACUGCCGACGUACUGCAGCACCCCCAAGACGCUGCCGUACACGCUGGUGGCUCAGAAGGUGGACGCCAGCUGCAUGCGCAACACCGUGCACAAGCCCUUCACAAAGUGCUCCUCAACAUCAAAUGGCUUUGAGAAGCUUCCAGUUGCCCCCUUCAAAGCCGAGGUGUUCCUGGACUGUGCCAAGGCGUGUGUGGCAGACACAAUGUGUUUGGCCUGGCGCUUCAUCAGCCUCAAGAACGCCACCAACUACACAGAGAUCACGAGCAGUGGCAAGGGCUGCCGGCUCAUUUACAGGAGGACCAUUGUCACGGGCAUCGAUUCGACCGGCCGGAGGCUGCGCGGUGCCCUGGCGACCGAUGAUGAGGAGCCGGUGGCUGGUAGCGAUAGUGGUGCGAUGGAGGCUGGGGAGCUGGCUGCUGAGGGAUCAAGCCGUGGCCGCCGUGGCAUGCUGGCGUUUGUCGGGCCGGCCUACGUAUGCACCAGCGACAACUCGGCCACGUCGGGAGAGGCCAAAGCAGUCAAGAGCAACUGGAACAUCAACAUCGGGGUUGACAACUUGGAGCCUUACAGCAGCUCCGCCAACGGACUGUGUGUCGCCAACAUGACUGCUUGCUCUGACCUGUGCCUCAGCGCAUCCCAAGGCAUACCUGCCUCGGGCUUCAACGGCAACCAGGCACAGGGCCCCUGCCGUGCUUGGACAUGGAAUGCAGCCACCAAAUGGUGCUACAUGUACUCCCAGACUCCCUCGGACAUCACCAUGGUCAGCCAGGCCCCCAUCGCGCACUGCAUUCUCAAGAGUGGCAAAGUCGCCGGAUGUUAGACUGUACGUACAUAAGGCAACAGGUGGCGCGCACACACGCACUCGUCAUCACACGUAUGCAUGCCAACCGCACAUACUGCGUACAUAGAUAGGCACCUGUAGGCACUCGCCAUACGUCGGUACGGUGUCAUUCAACUCGUCUGGCAUUCUAGGCAUUCCGGUAUUAUGACUCUCGAACCCGAAAACACUGGGGACUGGUGGUUGUCAAUUUGUGUGUGGAUUCGAGGACGUGGGUCGGACAACACAAAAGGCAACGGGCUUGUUCAUAUACAUACCGUACUUGUGGAACAAAUGGUUUCCCCCACACUUGAGGGAUCUCUAAUCCUGCUUGGAAGAUGAGCACAUCAGGUCCAAGGUUAUUGGCUUGGAGUGCUGUUGGGCGCUCGAAACAAUUUGUCUGGAUGAGAGUGCUAGCACAUAAGAUUACGGUGCGCGUGUGGGUACGUACCGUAUGAUAGUAUGUGCAGGCAGGGCAGCAUGGACUGGCUGGGGUCGUGUGAGCAUUGAAGCAGCACUCCAAUCCCAAUUCAGUAAUUUCUAGAUCG